AAAAGCCUUCUUGAAAGGAAGCGGAUUGUGUAAGAUGUUUAGGCUAAGUACUAUCUUCAAAACUGUUGCUGAGUCUUCUGCCGUCAAAGUGCCUUUUCGACUCAAAUUCACCCCUGAUACCUCUAAGUUUCCCACACUGCGGGAAGAAGACUUAAAGGAGGAGUUCAUGAGAGGAAGUGGACCUGGUGGCCAGUCAGUGGCCAAGACAAACAAUUGUGUGCAAUUGAAACACAUACCUACAGGUAUUGUCGUCCGCUGCCAUGAAUCAAGAUCUGUGGACCAGAACCGAAAGACGGCACGAAUUCGUUUGCUGACACGCUUGGACAAUGUGCUAAACGGAGAAGACAGCGUGGAAGCGCAGAUUAGAAGGGAAAAUAGGAGAAAGAAGGACUUAAAUGAUGCAAUUAGAAAAGAAAAGCUUGAAAAGAAGCGUCAAUUUAAAGAGCGGGAGGGCCUGACCAAAAAGGAGCUUGAGUGAAGCUCAGAACUGAUGCAUGUUUCUAAGAGGCUUUUUUUAAAGAGCCAUUUGUUGUAGCUCUUGUAUUGCUCAGCCUAGAAUUAUAGAAUUUGUUUACACGA